AUGUCAAUUCGUUAAGAGUAAUAUUGCCAAAUUUUAUAAUAGGUCAGAUCUUAGUUGUGAACUGCUGAGGUCCACAUUAUAGGAUAUUAAUAAUAGAUUAAAUAAUUUACAUUAAUGUGUUCCAAAUCCUCAUAGUAGAAAAGAUAAAAUGUAUAAAGAAGCACCAAUUCCUAGACUAAAUUUACAUAAAAUAAAUUAUGUGUAAAAAGAAAACUAUUUACCAUUAAAGAAGGUGACAGCAUCUUUUGGUGAUUAAAUAAAUGAUUAAAUUGAGAAAAUCGAUGAAAAUAAUUUCGACGAUUUAUAAAAAAAACCUUAGAUAAAAACUAUGGCUUAAUAAAUUCCAUAAAAAUUAAGAUGUCAUUCAAUAAAUAAUUCAUAAUAAGUACUAAAAAAUUAGAAUAAUCAUUCAAUUUAAUUCAAAGUAUCUAAUAAAUCAAGAUUAUAAAAUUCUUGUGAUAUUUAAUAUUUCUAAUCAUUGCAUCAAUCCCAUGAGAAACCUUUGAAAUCCUCAUAUAUUUGUAGUUAAUACAGUUAAAUAGCAUAAAAAGAUGAAAGUUUUGAAUAUGUUAAACCAACACUUAUGCAAAAACCAAUUAUAUUAGAAUAGUAGUAAUAAAAUGUGCAAACUAGAAACUACUCUUAAUUAUCUACACCUAUUAAACAAGUAGCAAAUGUCUCUUAAGGAUAAACUCCAUUAAAAAGAGGGAAUUCAUCUACAAACAAAAAAAUGAUAUAGAAUAAUUCAAAUUAGAAUCAGUCUUAUUAAUGUUUUCAAGUUUAACAAUAGACAUAAUAAUUAUAUAAUUAAGAUUUAAUUAAGUAAAUUAUUAAUAAUAAUAUUGAUUAGAAUUUUACAAAAUCAUUCUAAUCAAUAUUAGUAAUAGUAGAUUCAAUAUCAUUCAGUUUAAAAUGCUCUGAACUCUUGUUAAAAUACUUAGAAUAUGGCUUAAUUCAAAGUAUCUCAAAAUAGAAAUGCUUCAAAUAACUAAAGAGUAUCUAUGGGAUAAAUGUUAUAUGGAAAUUCAAUGGUUAGAUUGUGA